AUGGCCACACUACCAAAAAAGAAAAGAAGAAACAAUACUAUUAUUCCAUACAUCAAUUAUUAUUAUUAUUAUAUUCUCUUUUAGACAAAAUGGCCGGAAACAUUGGAAAACGGUGGAGAGUUUUGAGCGGCGAGGGGGAGUGGGAGGGUCUUCUUGACCCUCUCGACUCUGACCUACGCCGCUACAUAAUUCAUUAUGGAGAAAGGGUCCAGGCUGUGGUGGAUUCUUUCAUUGAAGAGUCCAAAUCCAAUAACUACAGCCUUUGUAGGUACUCCAUGAAAAACCUAUUCACAAGGGUGGGAUUGGAGAGUGGGAAUAAUCCUUUCAAGUAUGAGGUGAAGAAGUACUUCUACGCCUCCACUGCAUUCAAGGGAGACUCGUCCCCGGUCUCUCCCAAUUGGGAAGCGGGGAAAUCAAAGUGGCUAGGGUUUGUGGCGGUGGCGACUGAUGAAGGAAAGGAGGUGUUAGGGAGAAGGGAUAUUUUGGUGUCGUUCAGGGGAACGUUACCAAAGAUUGAGGAGGAAAUUGAUAAAACAAUUUGUUUAGUUUCUGCUUCAGAUAUAUUUAAAAAUGACAGUAAUAAUCCUAAGGUGCAUGAAGGUUUUUACUUGUAUUAUACUUCUUCUGAAACCGGUUCAGCCUACAAUCCCAACAGUUGCAGAGACCAGAUUCUGGGUGCGGUUAGAGAAUUGGUAGAUCAAUAUAAGGAUGAAGAAGUGAGCAUUACCUUCACCGGACACAGCAUGGGCGCUGCAAUGGCUGCUCUUGCCGCCACUGACGUUGUUUUCAACGACUACAACAAGCCGACUGGAAGCCUUGAGAAGGCGUUUCCAGUCACCGCCAUCGUUUUCGCAAGUCCACGCUUUGGAAACGAGGGUUUCAAGGCCACCUUCUCCAACCUCCACAACCUUCACGUCCUGCGCGUGAGAAAUAAGAAAGACCCCGUCCCUGACCUCCCAAUCCCCAUUCCAUUCCUAUUAGAUUACGCCCACGUCGGACGGGAGCUAGUCAUAGACACCCUUCUGUCGCCGUACUUAAAAGAAGCUAAGAAAACCGUACACGAGCUUGAGGUUUACUUGCAUGGCGUUGCCGGAACCCAAGGCAGUGGGGGAGGGUUCAAGUUGGAAGUGGAUCGUGAUAUCAAACUGGUGAAUAAGAGAUUGGAUGGUUUGAAAGAUGAAUAUCUUGUGACGAGCAUGUGGUGGGUGGACAAAAACAAAGGUAUGAUUCAAUUGGAUGAUGGGUCUUGGGUUCUCAUGGAUCGAGAGGUGUAACCAUGGAUAUUAUUCAAGCCAUAGCUAUUAUUCUAGUUAUUAUGGUUUACAAAAAUGUACAAUAAAUAAAUGUUUUAUUCUCUUGUGCUAAGAAAUGCAUGCAUGCAUGCAUGCUUAAAAAGUUUGAUGCUUUAAAUAUUUCUAUCCAUCUAUAUAUUUAUCUAUAUUAAUAUAUGUCUAUGUUUGAGGCAUAUUCUGUGUUUUCUUUAAUUCAACUUAUGUAUUUUGUGAGAGUACUUUUAUGUUAAUAAAUCACACAUAUUUGUAUUAAUAUUAUUAUUAAUGCUUUU